AUACUCGGCAUAUCCUCGGCUCGCGGAACCGUAUAAUAAUUCCUCCCCCAUUCUCUCUGCCCUAGUUUUCAUCCAUCAGAUCUCGUUGAAGGUUGCGAAGAGGAAUCCGAAGCUACGAAUCCACGGCAAAACCAUAUUCUAAUUCGAUAGGUUUCCAAACAACCUGCACUGAAACUUCUGAAAGAUCAUCCAUCAAGAACCUUGCAGGGGUAACACCGGCGGGGCCUGCAAGAAAUGGAUCCUGGGCGCUAUGUCCUUCAGCAAGGAUGGGAAACUAACAGCGCUCUGGAGGGGUACGGUGCAGUACAUGAGCAAGAUUUCAGGGUUGGUGGAUCGUAUGGUGGCAGGAACUUACUGGAUGAGGGAUUCUCAAGGGAUAAUGUCUAUCCAAGGAGUACGUUCCAUCGGGACAUACUCGAGAGAGAUAACUAUCCUCUCCCUCCUCCUGUCCAUGGCAUUUGGCCUCAACCAAGGAGUAGUUUUGAUGAAGAAUAUGCACAUGGUAGAGAACCAAGAGCACAUGAGAAACCAUUUCAUGAUUCGUUCCAUGAGAUGGAUGGUUUUCGUGAUGCAGACAAGUAUCGGGAGAUGGACUCAUUCCCACAUGUUGAUAAAUUCCGCGAUAACUAUCGGAAUGUUGACAACUAUCGUAGUGCAGAUAACUACCGUGAUUAUGGGUUUGAUAGGCCAGGUAGGUUUCAGGGACGUGAUCGUGAUGAUUUUGGUAGUGAUGAUUAUGACCAUCGGCAUCGUAUUUCCCGUCAAAGUAGGGAGGAUAGCCGCGAGAGAGAUUAUGAUAUUGGUCGGUAUAAUUAUGAUUCGGACCAUGAGAGAGAUAGGAGAGAAUCAAGAGAUCGUAGUUGGAGAAGGCGUGAGUCUCGUGAGUCACGUGAGUCUCGUGAUCGUGAACGGGAUAAGAGAUGUCUAAGUCGGGAGAGAGAUCAGAGCCCACAUAGAAGACAACGUGACCGUUCUCGUUCCCGUGGGUAUGAUGAACGACCUCGAUCAAGGUCUCCUCGAGGUCGCAGUCAUGGUCGGAGUCACAGAGAAGACAGCUAUGAUGACAGUCGCCAUGAGAGGAAAGAAAGAAGGAGAGAUUGGGAUGAAAGGCGGCAUUAUGAGCAUUCAUCGGUGGCUCCAUCCGCUACACUUGUUGUAAAGGGUCUGUCGCAAAAGACAACCGAGGAAGAUCUUUAUCAGAUUCUUGCUGAAUGGGGCCCCCUUCGUCAUGUGCGUGUAAUUAAAGAACGGAACUCUGGUGUUUCACGUGGAUUUGCAUUUAUUGAUUUCCCUUCUGUGGAAGCUGCACGAAGCAUGAUGGAUGGAAUUGGAGAUGAUGGUCUGAUAAUUGAUGGCAGGAAGCUAUUUUUUGACUAUAGUAGCAAGCCAACUGGUGGAGUAGGUGCUCCUCAUUUGGGGCAUGAGAAUGCAGCAAAAUCGAGUCAUGGGAACAGUAAAAGCAUGGUUCCUCCAUCUGAUUGGAUGUGCACUAUAUGUGGCUGUGUAAAUUUUGCACGCCGGACAUCCUGUUUCCAGUGUAAUGAGGGCCGGACUGAUGAUGCCCCUGCAGCAGAUAUGGGAGCAUCCAAUCCAGCACCUGUGGGUAAGAAAGGAUCGGAGGCAGGUCCUACUCACGUCUUAGUUGUUCGAGGUUUGGAUGAGAAUGCUGAUGAAGAAAUGCUUCGUUAUGAAUUCUCCAAGCAUGCUCCUAUUAAGGAUCUUCGUCUUGUUAGGGACAAGUUUACUCAUGUUUCUAGGGGAUUUGGAUUUGUGCACUUCCAUUCGGUGGAGGAUGCGACAAAAGCUUUGGAAGCAACCAAUGGAACAACUCUUGAGAAGAAUGGCCAAAUUUUACGAGUGGCAUAUGCGAAAAGCAUUCAUGGACCGGGGCCAGGAGCAUCUGGAGCUACGCAGUCAAGCAGCCUUGCUGCUGCAGCAAUUGAAGCAGCCACAUUUGCUCAACAGUAUGAUGCUGUUGGAUGGGCUCCUAAGGAAUACAAUCCAGAUGAUAAGCAAUCCACUGGUGGCCCUGAGCAAGGCAGCAAUGAACGUACAGAUGGUCAGAAUGGUGGGUCAGCUCCCCAAUCUGGGUUUGUUUGGGAUGAAGCAUCUGGCUAUUAUUACGAUGCUGCUUCCGGCUUCUACUAUGAUGGGAACACUGGUCUUUACUACGAUGGUAACAAUGGAACGUGGUAUUCUUAUGAUCAACAAACUCAGCAGUAUGUUCCUUACGUCGAUCAGAGUGACAACAAGACAUCUGGAAAAUCAACGAAUGAACCUUCCAAAACAUCAGAUGGUGCCAGUAACAGAAAAGUAGUGAUAUCUGCACCUGCUACCACAGUAACGUCGAAUGAGAAGGCGUCACUACCUGAUGCUGUUCAGGCAGCAGCAGCAGCAGCAUUAGCUGCAGAGAAGAAAGAAAAAGAGAAACUCAAGGAGAUACGAUUGGCAUCAAAGAGCAGCCUUUUGGCCAGUAAGAAGAAGAUGAAUAACGUGUUAACAAUGUGGAAACAAAGGAAUAACGAGGGCCAAGCAGCCCGUGUGGUUCUUGAUGACAAUCAAGCAGCAGCUCCAACAGAUGAUAGAUCAAACAAUUCGUUCAAUGCUGCCAUGGGAUCAUCUGCAAAAAACAAGUUCAAGUCUGAUGCAGUGCCUGCGAAGGAGAGUACUACAAGCACCUCUGGAUUUAUCUCUGCAGCUGUUGGUCGCGGAGCCAGUACCAACUCAUCUACACCCUUUGCUACUCAAACCGUAGCUGUGGAUCCUCAGGCAAAGCCAAGGCCAGUGGGUAACAGCUUAGGAGGCACAAUAAUGGGCGUCAUCAGAGGUUCUGGAAGAGGGGUAGUGAAGUCGGAUACGGUAUUCUCAGGAUCUUCAAGUGGUGGCAGCAGUGUUUCUGCCUCAACUGCCAUUAUGGGCACUUCAGGGACACAAUCAACAAAUUCUGAGACAUCCACUGUUGUGACUCCCUUCAGAACAGAUGCAUCGGCGCUAGGUUCAUACACGCCACCUGUGGCUUCUGGGAGUGGUAAGCGUAGGUUUUCUGAGAUGCCACAGCAACCAGCUACUUCCAGGGAACAGCCCCAGACGACAUACAGGGACCGUGCAGCUGAGAGAAGAAGCCUGUACGGAUCAUCAGCUUCUAUUGGAGAUGAUUUGUCGGACCUUGGACUUGGGGAUUCAAAUCGGGACUUGCCACUCCGAAGGGGUUCUUUGUCAGAUACCGGGGCGAUGCCUUUCCCUCCAGGAGUUGGAGGAGGCCGCAGUGAAGCUAAUAGCAAUGUGCCAAACUAUGAGGUGAUCACGGCUGAUAGAGCCAUCGAUGAGAGCAACGUGGGUAACCGGAUGCUCCGCAACAUGGGCUGGCAGGAAGGCUUGGGACUCGGGAAGGAUGGCAGUGGCAUUGUAGAGCCAGUCCAAGCAAAGGGUGGGGGAGUUCGAGCGGGCCUUGGCAGUCAGCCGAAGAAGGUGGACCCAAGCUUGGAGGUGCAGGCAGGGGAUAGCUACCGGACCCUUAUUCAGAAGAAGGCCAUUGCAAGGUUCCGAGAGAUGUCGUAGGGUUGAGAAGGUAUUGGGUGCAUUUGCUGUGGCCCUGUUAGGAAGUCGGUACUCCUGUAUUUCCUUGUCUUGUUUUGGUUUUGAACGUUUCGGCUCUCUCCGGAGACCUUGUAAAUUCUAGCAAAUCAAGUUUUUACAGUGUUCUAAUUUUUUCUAGAUAACAAGUAGUUCUAUCCAUGAAGGAAUAAAGUCUGAUGUGGUUAAAGCC